CUCGGGGAGAGAGAGAGAGAGAGAGAGAGAGAGAGAGAGAGAGAGAGAGAGAGAGAGAGGAUGGGUGGGUGGGGAAUGUGGAAGACGCACUAUUUAUUUUUCUCACGUGCAGUUUUGUUGGUUUUGGGAUGGUGUAGUUGGAGCUUGGUGAACAGGCAGCGAUGAUAGCAGAUCUGCGCUUACGGGCAGAGGAGGUUCCUCGACUGAAGUGUGAAAUCCGCAAUCUGAAAGAUCAACUGGAUGUGCAAGCAGCGAGAGCAUCGACGGCAGAGGCGAGUGAGAGGCUGGUCGAUCAGUACAAGAAGAAGCUGGAGAAGGCUGGGUCGUAUCGCAAGGAUGUGAAAGAGCUAGAGGAGCAGAACCAGGUGCUUCUGGAUAAAAUAUGCGAGCUCGAGGGCACGGUUGAGAAGCUCGAAGAAGUGGAGGCACAGCUUGAACAUUAUCAAAGUGAAGCCGAACGGCUAGAUGCUCGCGUGAAGGAAUUGAUCACGGAGGCUGCAACAUCAAGGUUGGAAGCUGCACGUGCAAGAUCAGAGCGAGAUGAAGCUCUGGAGGAUGUUGCGAAAGCAAAGAAUGAGGUUUCGUCGCUGAGAGCAAAAGUUGCAAAACUGCAGCUUGAAAUUCUCUCCACCAAAGAAAAGGCAGAGGAGCUGGAGAAGGAGGGGGCAAGUCAGAAGUCCGAGGCGGAGCAGUGGAAAGAGAAGUGUGAGCGGUUAGAGGAGGAAAUCCAGAAGCUGCGGACGGAAAGGGCAGAAGUGAACCCAGAGUCUGCCUUGAGGAAAAAGAUUGAAGAAGUUGAAACAGAGAGAGAGCAUAUGCAAGAGAAGUUGAAGUCUGCAAAUGAGAGAGCUAUAGAAGCAGAGAGGCUGUUGUCCAAAAGACUGUCAAGGAUGCAUGCAAGGGAUAUGAGAAGUUCCGAGGGGCCCGAGGGCUUGCAGAUUCUGUUACGACAGGGUGUAGGAGCACCUGGGCCAUGCAGGCAGGGAGAAGGUAGUGAAGGGGAGGGGGACAGCCGUGAUGACGGAGCUGGCAAUCCUGGGGAUUGCUUUGCUGUCAUGCCAAAAGGGCGGAGAGGCUGUCCUUGCAGUGUUGAUUGCAAGUUGUGCAGCGAAAAGGAGCGGACGGUUGUGGAGGACGGUCGGGAGUCGAACGGUGUGGAAGGCCGUGGUUGUAGCGAUGGUGGCGACUUCGGUGACGCCGAGGAACGGACUGUUGUGGAGGACAGUCGAGAGCUUGUUUUGAGCAGUGAUAUUUGGUUGGAAGAUACGACAGAGUACCAGGAGCUCAAGGAGACGCGGAUUUGCCUCAAGAAGGCUGAAAAGGAGUAUCGAAUCUACAAGGCGAUGCUCGAAGAGGCUGGCAAAAGUCCGGGGUUGACAGGUGGGCAGGGACAGCUUAUUGACGAGGUUGGGCAGGCAGCAAACAGGAUCAUGGAUGCUGAGAUAGAGCAGACGAGGGUGAAGCUCCAGGAGAAAGUUUUGAGGGCGGAGAUAAGAAUCGAGCAGUACAAGGCUCAGUUCCAAGAGGCAAGGGUCGAGGCGUUGGGUCUACGGCAGCAACUGGAGGUGAUCCGAGCUCAGCUGGGGAAUUGCAGGUUGCAGAUCGAUACUAUGCACAGCGUUCUUGCAGAUGCGCACAGGGACAAGGAGACUGUGAUCGCAGAGUUGAAGCAGAAAGCUGGGGAGGUGGAAAACAUGAAGGGGUUAUUGGAGGGGAAAGCCCGGGAUCUUGAAGCAGCGAAUCAGAAAGUAGACAUGGUGGCUGAGGAAGGGAAGAGGUGGGAGGAGAAAAUCCGCAAGGCAGAACAGGAACUUGCCCAGCUAAAGGGAGCUGUGGAGGAGAAGCAGGACCGAGAGCAGGAACUCUUAAAAGAGCUGGAUAGAGUGAAGAAAGAGGCUGCGGACAGGUUGUCGGAGGUGAACGACUUACUGAGGGAGAAGGAGAAAUGGGGGGAGAGAGUUCUGAACGCGGAGCUUACGAGGGCUGCUGUCGAGCGAGAGCUUGCUGAGACAAAAGCUGCUGCAGAAGCCUCGAGGGUCGAGGUUGAUAGGCUUAAGCAAGAUCUUAUAAUGACGGCGGACAAAGUGAAGAGAAAAGGCGACAAGCUUGCGGAGGAACUGGCAUCCAGGGUGACCACGAAGGAAGAGAGAGAGAGGGAUGUGAGGAUGGCAGAAGCAAGGGUGCGAGAUGCAGAAUAUCGUGCAAAGGAAGCAGAGAAGAAAUUGUGGGAGGUGGAGGGCAAUGCGGAUCGGAGAGUUGGUAAUGAAGACCUUAAUCGCAAGGAGCUUGAGAGGCGAGUGCUAGAUCUUGAGCGGCAACGUGAUGACCUCAAGGCUUGUGUCGGACAGCAUGAAGAAAGGGUGUCAUGUUUGCAAGCACAGGUGGAUGAGCUGAAGCAACAGAUCCGGAAUGUCGACAAGGCUCGGAUGGAGAACAAGGAGAUGGCGAUGAAGGAACAGAGGAUGAUCACGGCAGCGUUCUAUGACCUGAACCUGGAAUUCCAGAGGGAGAAGCACAAGACUGCUGGUCGAGCUUUCGGAGUGUGUUCUGGUAAUGCGAUGGUCGGUCUUUCAUCCCCAAGAUCUUGUCUCGCCCUUUCGGGACUAGCCGGCGGAGGCAGUCUGGGUAAUGGUGGGAUAAGUAUGUCAUCAUCAUUCACAGCUUCGGCAGCGGCAGGUUCUCUACUUCCGACGGCAAACAGCACAGGGCAGCUGAUGCCACGGCAAUUGUCCGCAAAGAUGAAUCACAGCCGACCACUGUAUGCAACACGAGCGAUGGAAAAUGGAAUUCUGUGCGACCGAGUCAUGGAUCGUACACGAUUCCCAAGCCAGCAAAAUGGGAUUCUGUCGACACCCGUCUUGCCCAUGGGUAAAUGAUGUGAGAUCCUGCACACACACAAUGAUGCUGGCAAUGCUGCAGAGGUGCAAAGACGCGUUGAUGAUUGCACAGGGGAAAAUGCCAUCGCUGAUGGUGAAGGUACACUCGGCGAUGCUCUUCAGGUUUCUAGAAGGCGGUCGCGUCUUCCCGAAGGAUUUCUUUGUAUGGUUCUCCUAGCUAUGCUUAUUGGACCGCUAAGGGUGAGGCAUCGCCGAUGAAGGAGGUGGAAGGUACAGGCGAUUGGUUAAGCCACCAGUACAUGACCGAGGCGAACUUGACAAUUGAAAUCGGCUCAUUCCGAAAAG